CCAGUCCCCUCUGUUUUGAGAAACUUGUAGACCUUUCUCAGUUUCUCUCAUAUUUGGCUCUUCUGCAACGUAGAGGUUGAGAUUUACAGAGACAAACAAACAGCGAAGAUGGAAGCUAACAGCAAGAAAGAGCAAAUCGUGGAUGUGAGGUCGGUGGUCGAAGCUGUCUCCGCAGACGACGGCGACGCCCCUCUUUACAAAGUCGAAAGCCUCUGUAUGCGUUGCGGCGAAAACGGGAUAACAAAGUUCUUGUUGACUUUUAUUCCCCAUUUUCGAAAGAUCUUGUUGUCAGCCUUUGAGUGUCCACAUUGUGGUGAGAGGAAUAAUGAAGUUCAGUUUGCUGGUGAGAUUCAAGCCCGGGGAUGUUGCUACCAUCUGCAGGUCCCUUCAGGUGAUCCAAAGAUGCUUGACCGUCAAGUAGUGAAGUCUGAGUCUGCAACUAUUAAGAUUCCUGAAUUGGAUUUUGAAAUUCCUCCCGAGGCUCAGCGUGGAUCUCUGUCAACAGUGGAAGGGAUACUAGUACGAGCUGUAGAUGAGCUGCAGGCCCUUCAAGAAGAACGCAAGAAAGUGAAUCCUCAAACUGCUGAAGCGAUAGACCAGUUUUUGUUGAAACUGAAAGCUUGUGCAACUGGAGAUUCAUCCUUCUCCUUCAUCCUGGAUGAUCCUUCUGGAAACAGCUUCAUUGAGAACCCGUUUUCUCCAGCCCUGGAUCCAUCCUUGAUAAUCAAGUUCUAUGAGCGAACUCCAGAGCAACAAGCAUCACUGGGGUAUCUUGCGGACCCUUCACAGUCAGGAGACCACUGUGGUGGACCAUCAACAGAGGAAACAAGUGGUGCUUCCGAUGAAGUCAGAAGAGAACCACACGGCUCAGUUGGGGCAACAGCUGCUCAUCGGGCCAUCGCUCAGAGUAAUAGUGCAGAUAUUGUGGAAACUGUGUUUCGGUACUCUGCACCAGAAGAAGUGAUGACUUUUCCAUCAACAUGUGGAACUUGUGCCUCCAAGUGUGAGACGCGAAUGUUUGUUACCAGUAUCCUUGUUACUUCAUUUGACUUUCCUAGCUAUAUUUUGAUGUUUUUCCUCAGUCAGACAUUUCCUGAGAAUUCAUGUUUGGUAGGAAUACCUUCAUCUAUGUCAUUAUACAGCUAA